AUGACGUUCUGGCUCUCUCCGGGCUCCGGCGUCCAGUUAACGGGGGAGGAAACCCUGUCCGUCCGGGCGAUGGGGAUUACACCCAAGUCCGGCUUCACACACAUCACUCUGAAGACGGAAGACCCGGGGGUAGCUGUCAUCCCGGGGAACUCCACCACCCUGAUCCCCAUGAGCUGUUCUUUAUGGAACUCCUCUUCUGAAGACAGCCAUUGCUUCAACUUUUCCUUUGAGAUCCAGGGUGUUUUCCUGGGCCGAACGCACGUCUUGUUUUACGCUGGUCAGUUAGUGAAUGACGCUCAUGUAUUGCCAGUAGAGUACAACGUGGCCGUUCUCAGACCACCAAGCCUACUCGCCAACAUCUUUACUUACACCAUCAUCGCUAUAGUUGCCAUUAACACCAUUGGCUUUGGUUGUUCGAUUGACUUAGAGGAAAUGAGGCGCAUCUUGAAGAAACCCAUCCCACCAGCUAUUGGACUAGGCUGCCAGUUUGUACUCAAUCCACUGAUAGCCUACGGCCUGGGCCAGGCUGUGGGGUUGAACAUGUCCCUUGCCCUGGGGCUCUUCUCUGUGGGGUCCUGCCCCGGGGGUGGGGCUAGCAACAUGUGGACGUACCUGUUGGACGGAGACCUCAAUCUGAGUAUACUAAUGACUUUCAUGAGCACAAUUGCCGCUUUCGCCAUGCUACCGUUAUGGAUGUACACAUUAGGCCAGACCCUGAUUCCUGAAAACGUGGAGAUACCCUUCUCUAACAUCUUCUACUCGCUUAUAUCUCUGGUCGUCCCCUGUGUCAUUGGCAUUCUCAUCAAAAGGUACUUCCCGAAAGCUGCCAAUAUUAUCCGUAAGUUAAUCAAACCGAUAGCCUUUGUGAUUAUCUUACUGAUCCUGUCUGUGGGCAUCUACUCCAACUUGUACAUGUUCACGCUGAUGAAGAACUGGAGGGUUCUAGUUUGUGGCCUGGCAACGCCAUACUCGGCGUACGUCACCAGCGCCAUGGUGGCCUGGAUCGGUCGACAGCCGCCAGCACGUAUACUCACUAUCUCCAUAGAAACGGCCAUUCAGAAUACCGCCAUUGCCAUGGUGCUCAUCCUGACAACCUUUCCUGAACCGGAAGCUAGCAUCGCCGCUGUGAUGCCAGUAACUACGGUUAUGUUCACACCAUUCCCACUGAUAAUCUUCCUGAUAAUCAAGACGAUCCGGGCACGCUGCUGUUUGCCUGAUACCUCAAAAGACAGCCAGCUGACCACUGACGAAAAAGACUCUCCAAAACCACAUGGUAAGGCCAGCAUCAAGAAAGGUGUCACCAACAUCAGUUUCAAAAAAAUCGAGGACAUCGAGGAGUAUCCAAAGAACCAAAGCACUUUGUCGUCUGUAGUUUGA